AUGAUAAAUAUAUUAUUGAAAAAUAAAAAGAUUUAUAAAAUUAAGUUGAUUAUAAAUAUUAAAAUAUAAUUGAUGAUUUAAGAUAAUAAAAGAAGAAACUUAUUGAUGAAAUUAAAGAAAAAGAAUUAAAAGAAAAAUAAGAAUUAUAAUAAUAAUUAGAUCAACUUGAUAAAAAAUUAAAAGAUUAUGAAGAAAAUAAAAGAAAACAUGAAAUUUUAUAAUAAUAAACAUAAAAAAAAGAUGUUUAGAAAUCUUAAAAAAAUGAUGAUGAAUAAUCUAAUGUAUCUUCAAAUGCAAAUAGUAGUAGAAGAAGUAAUAGUUAAAGCAGUAGUAGUAGUAGAAGUAGUAGUAGAGAAAGUAUGAGUAGAAGUAAGAAAUAUGAAAGAAAUAGUAAGA